GAAGCCUCACCGACAUUUUUAUUAACUUUUAUUUAAACUGGAGGAACCAUGGAGGAAAACCUUUAUUUUCAACACGAAGAAGUAAACGAGGAAACAGCUGAUCACAGGAAGUUCUCAGUCUGUGCAGGGCUUGAAGACCCCCGGCAAUCCUCCGGAAAUCCGGCUUGGGGUUUUUGUUUUUUGUUUUUUGUUUUUUUAAUCACAUCAAAAACCCUUAGUUAGUUAGAUCUGGAUAUGACCAGUAGAGGGCAGCAUUACGAUGGAUAGCCUACAGCCUGCCGGAGAAGAAGAAGAAGAAGAAGAAGAGGAAGAAGACGCAGAAGACGCAGAAGACGCAUCAGCGAGCGUGCUUUAGACCCACGUCAUUACUAUUUUUCAAGAAAGCGACUGAAGACAAGUCCAGCGACUCCUUACUAUUCUUAACGAGCCGCUAAGGAGACGGAGGCCGGCUUGUUAAGAAGAGCCGUGGCAGUUAGCUACAGUUAGCUCUGUAGCAGUACAGUGUGUAUGUGCUGCUGCUGCAGGAGGUGUUCACUUAGCGAUCUCUGUUUGUUUACAACAAGCAUCGGACACUCUGUGCACAGUUAGAGAUGACGGUUAAUUCACGAUCACUAUGUUUAUGAUCAGUGAGGAAGCUGUGCAUAAUUAGCCAUGCUGCUUUGUUUAUGAUAACUUGCUGUGCACAGUUAGCGAUGGUGAAAACCACACGUCACAUCCGGAGUCUCUAAAUCCCUCUGGGGGCUAACUUGUAGUGGAGACACGCAGAGUGAGUGGACUUUUGAAAGGGUGAGGCCUGAGACUUUCCCGGUGGUAGUCGAAACACGGCUAUAUACGGUCCGUGCGUGCGCUCUACCACACGUCAACCUUACUGGGGAUUUCCACCGGGCGUGGAAUGGCCGCGGAAUGGUUCCCCCGCGGUUUUGCUCUGUCCUCUGCCUGGCGUCAGUUCCCACCAGGCUCGUAACGGCAACGUAUCGAGCUAGCCGCAUACAUACGAGAUAACGAGAUAAGGCUAUAAUCCUGAAUGUACCGGAGACCGCCAGAUCCCGUGAUAAACUGUGUAUAAAGUAAACAACAACAGCUUACUUUGCUUCUCCAACGUGGAAGAUCUGUUGAUCUGACCAUCUAUCCUUAUAAAAAGAAUGUGUUAAGUCAUACAUGAUUGUAUGCUGUUCCACUUCAACAAUCGGUCUCUCGUUGUCCAUGUCUCCUACCAUCUGAGACCCUUUGAUUGCUGAUCUGGUGCCCCGGUCAAGACAACAACAAAACUUUCUCAUCUGCAUAAAGACCAACUUCAGUUUGUUAUUAAAGAUGUAAUGUUGUUAGACCACUGCUGCUGUUUCUGAGUCUUUAAGAUACAACAGAAGAUGAAACUAGAAGACCCACGAGUCUCCUCUUUACUCACAUGCCCACUUUAUGUUGAUAACAGUCAGUGAUUCUCCUGCAGUAAAUGCGUUAUUGUGUCCUCAUGUGCGUGAAUCUUUGUGCAUCCUGGGUCCCUAAACAGUCUGUGAGCUGCUUAUCGGGUCUGACUGGAGAGCUGAGACUUGUGGAUUCAAUGAGCCCAAUGAAUCCACCAGACUGUUGAUCCUCCCCUUUCCAAGAUGGCAGCAUGUCUUUUGUCUCUGUUAGGUGUCUGUCUGUGUUAAUGUUUUAAUGUUUUAAUUUUAAUUGGAUUUUCACCGAAGGGCCAACUCUUGAAGGUCUGUGGAUUGUUCAUGUUUUGUCUGCUUUGGAAGGUUGCGCUGCCUUGUAUGCUCUGGCCGGCUCCUUCUGCUUGUGGACUGGUUAGCUAGCCGCAGCCUGUUCUGAGCUUCUUGGAACUGUGAGGUGUGAUUGAGUUUCUGCCUGGAGCUACUGUGGUGGGGCUUGAGAUUGAUCCUAAAUUACACCAGCAUACAGCAGUUCUGCUGCUUGAGGCCCUCUCCCUCCUCCCUGGUCUGCAGCCUAAGGUCUGUUCAUCCACCCUGCUCUGCUGCCUGAGGCCCUCUCCAUCUCCAUCCACCCUGCUCUGCUGCUUGAGGCCUGCUCCACCCACCCUGCUCUGCUGCUUGAGGCCUGCUCCAUCCACCCUGCUCUACUGAUUGAGGCCUGUUCCAUCCAUCCUGCUCUGCUGCUUGAGGCCUGCUCCAUCCACCCUGCUCUGCUGACUGAGGCCUGUUCCAUCCACCCUGCUUUGCUUCCAUCCAACCCAAGCCUCCAGUGAAGUUUUCAGGUUAUCUGUCUUCUUUUACAAUGUCGCUAAUCAUUGUAUUAGGCUUUAUUUCCUUGGUUGGACCAGCUGGGUGGUGGCCCCACAUGUGUGGCAGUCCUCCUCCUCCUAAAACAUCAUCUCAGGAGGACAUAUUCGACUGGGUAGACCACAGCUAUGAAAAUGUGACUUUGCCCCACAAUGACUGUUGCAGAGUUACUCUUACAUCUUCACAUGAGCAUAGGAUAGCCGUGUCUUUGAGCAUAUCCAAGUGGCUGCUUAAAUCUGACAUGUCCCUGCAGUUUUGCUGUCUCCUUGUCUUGAGUGAGCAUUUUUGUAAUUCUACAACCUCCUCUGCUGCUAACAUUUACCCCUCCGGCCAAGUGUCGGAUGUAAAAGGUCGUAGCAUCAAACUUAAACGUUUAGUUAUACUAUUGCUACUGCUCUCAGGGAAUGUUGAGACUAACCUGGGCCCUGAUACACCGGCACAUUGUUACACCCCUGCAGACUUUAAAUCUAGAACUGGUCUUGGAUUAAUCCAUAUAAAUGCAAGGAGUCUACUAAAUAAGAUGGACUUAUUAAAGGUCUGGAUAAACUCAACAAAUGCUGAUGUCAUUGUCUUAUCUGAAACCUGGCUCACCAAAUCUGUGCUCGAUAAGGAUAUUUCUGUCAAUGGCUACAAUGUUUAUCGUGCUGAUCGUCCAAGAAAAGGGGGCGGUGUUGCGAUGUAUAUCAGGAGCAAUUUUGAUGUUAAUUUAGUGCUUAAAGAGUCAGUAUCUAAAGAACUUGAGUUGCUUGCUCUUGAAAUAGAAUUAACAAAGAAUCACCGUAUCAUGCUGGUAGGAUGCUAUAGACCACCAUCUGCUCCUAAAAAUGCAUUGUCUUCCCUUGUUAAAUUCUUAUCACAGCUGAAAUACAGGGAAUUACUUUUGGUGGGAGAUUUAAACUGGGACUGGCUCAUGCCUGUGUCUUUCCAAAUGAUUUGAGUGAUCACUGUGUGAUAGCGGUCGUGAGAGACACAAGGCUUCCUAAAAGUAAGCCACGCUUUGUAGAGAAGCGCAAUAUGAAAAUGUUUGUUGAACAGGCUUUCUUGCAUGACCUUUAUCAUUUUGACUGGGAAAGGAUUGCUCUUUUUGAUGAUGUUGAAUUAGCUUGGAGUUACUUUCAUGAAAGUUUCAGUCAUAUCAUUAACAAACAUGCCCCCCUGCGCAAAUUCAGAAUUAAAGGUCGUGAUAAUCCAUGGUUUACAACCGAACUAGCAGAAGUUCUGCAUGAGCGAAACUAUGCAUGGGCCAGAGCACGCAAAUCAGGCUUGGAAACUGACUGGCUUUAUUUUAGACAAUUGAGAAAUAAAUUCACCUCUCUUCUCCGACAUACAAAGGCUGAGUUUUACUUGUCCAUGACUACUGAAAGUCUGAAAAAUCCAAAGAAAUUUUGGAAAGCAAUUAAGUCUUUAUCGUCUACCUCUAAUUUAGUUAAUCUCCCUUCCAGUAUGCUGAUUGAUGGAAGCAGAGUAACUGACAGAACAGACAUAUUAAGUUGUUUUAACAAGCAUUUUAUUUCCUCCGGGUUCUUGUUUAACUCUAAAAACCCCUCUAAACAACCCACACCUAGUGAACAGGCCUCCAAUGACCCUCCGCCGGUUGAUAGGACCCCUGGUAACAUUCAGGCUUUUAAUUUCACACCUUUCUCUACAGCAGAGGUUGCUAAAGCUCUUAAAGACCUUGAUCCUAAAAAAUCACCGGGACCAGAUAAAUUGGAGCCUCUGUUUUUAAAACUGGCAUCUGAUAUUGUAGCUGUUCCAUUGUGUUAUAUUUUUAAUCUUAGUUUAUCGACCAAUGUAAUUCCAAAAGUCUGGAAAUCUGCAUUUGUUAUCCCCCUUUUGAAAGGAGGAGAUCCAACUAUUUUAAACAAUUAUAGGCCUAUUUCUAAACUGCCUGUUCUGGCUAAGGUACUUGAAUUCCUUGUUAGUGAACAAGUAAAAGAAUACCUGGCCACUAAUUUUAUCCUAUCGAUUUCUCAGUCAGGAUUUCGUAAAAAACAUAGUACUACCACUGCAGCCUUGAAGGUUAUAAAUGACAUAACUGAAGCCUUAGAUAAUAAACAGUGUUGUCUUUCUCUUUUUAUAGACUUUUCUAAGGCCUUUGACACCGUGGACCAUGACAUUUUGAUUGAACGUCUUGCAGCAGUUGGGUUAUCUGUGCAUGCAGUUGGAUGGUUUGCAAACUAUCUUAAAGACAGAAGCCAGGCUGUCCAAUUAGAAGGUGUCUCUUCUGAGGUUGAGUUUGUCCACAAGGGGGUGCCCCAAGG